AUGCCCUAUGCUGUACCAAAAGUUUUAUCAGGUGAGAAACAGUUUACACAAGCAGCAGAUAUUUAUGAGUUUUGUGUUAUUAUAGCACUGGAAUUGAAAAAUUAUUGUGAAAUUGGUUACAAGAAUUCUUCAUUCUUGGACUGUAUUGGAGCAUCAAAAAAUAACCAUGGCAAUUAUAUGCAAAUUGCAAUAAAAAGUUCAUUGCAGCAAAAUCUUGUACAAGUAGGAAACGACACUAUUUUGUAUCUGGUUAAAUAUUUAUAUACUGCUAGUUUAAAUGAUAAUGAAACUAAAAAGUAA